GGAAAGCCAACUCGUGUGGCCCCGGCGAGUGGGGAUAAAAGCCGCCCAGCCAGACUCGCGCUUCAUUCUGAGCCGAGCCCGGUGCUGAGCGCGCUUCGCUCAGUAGGAGGAGGCGGCUUGAGCGCCAGGGCAGCUCUCUCCCUUCUCGUCUCUCCUUCCACCGCGGCCAGCAUGAAAGCCUUCAGUCCGGUGAGGUCCGUUAGGAAAAACAGCCUGUCGGACCACAGCCUGGGCAUCUCCCGGAGCAAGACCCCAGUGGAUGACCCGAUGAGCCUGCUGUACAACAUGAACGACUGCUACUCCAAGCUCAAGGAGCUGGUGCCCAGCAUCCCCCAGAACAAGAAGGUGAGCAAGAUGGAAAUCCUGCAGCACGUCAUCGACUACAUCUUGGACCUGCAGAUCGCCCUGGACUCGCACCCCACUAUUGUCAGCCUUCACCACCCGAGACCCGGGCAGAACCAGGCGUCCAGGACGCCGCUGACCACCCUAAACACGGACAUCAGCAUCCUGUCCUUGCAGGCUUCUGAAUUCCCUUCCGAGUUAAUAUCAAAUGACAGCAAAGCACUCUGUGGCUGAAAACAUGGUGUUCAGGACUUUUUUUUUUUUCCUUUUUUUUUUCUUUUCUUUUUGCACAACAACAAAUCCACAGGAUAUUUUAAGACGCUGAACUUUUUUUUUCAACCAUUUCACCAGGAGAACAAGUUGAAUGGACCUUUUAAAAGAAAAAACAAAUGAAAGGAAAACUAAGAAUGAUCGUCUUCCCAGGGUGUUCUCUGACCUGGACUGUGAUAUUCGUUAUUUAUGAAAAAGACUUUUAAAUGCCCUUUCUGCAGUUGGAAGGUUUCUUUAUACUAUUCCCACCAUGGGGAGCGAAACGUUCAAAUCACAAGGAAUUGCCCAAUCAAGCAGACUUUGCCUUUUUUUUCAAAGGUGGAGCGUGACUACCGGAAGGAUUCAGUAUUCAGUCACUUAAAUGAAGUCUUUUUGGUCAAAAAUUACCUUUUGACACAAGCCUACUGAAUGCUGUGUAUAUAUUUAUAUAUAAAUAUAUAUAUUGAGUGAAACCUUGUGAACUCUUUAAUUAGAGUUUUCUUGUAUAGUGGCAGAGAUGGUUAUUUCUGCAUAAAAAUGUAAUGAUGUACUUAUUCCUGCUAAACUUUUUAUAAAAGUUUAGUUGUAAACUUAACCCUUUUAUACAAAAUAAAUCAAGUGCGUUCAUUGAAUGGUGAUGCCUGCUUUAUUUCAGAGGACCAGUGCUUUGGUUUUUAUUAUUAUGCUAUGUUAUAACGACCCAAAUAAAAACAAGUUCAAAUUUAUGUAGACUGUGUUAAGAUUAUAAUAAAACAUGCCUGAAGUCAA